CAAAAGGGUCCUCUGGACGGUGUGCGACUCGUGGAAAACGCCACCGCUCGCCCGGAUUCCGAACUUAGUCUUGACUCAAACACUCAUCAACCGCGCCUCCUGGACCAGCGAUCUAGUUCUUGUUAGAACGCUUCUUCAAACAUGAAAAGAUGCAUGUCUCCGCAUCAUCAGUUACCAUCCUAGUGCUCUCCCAAUACCCUGGCAUCUCAUGCAGCCCUACAUCUACAUUCCAUCGUACCACAUCCAUCUCUUUGACUCCACACCCGGUCCUGCCUUUCGUUACCCACUUCCUGGAUCAUGAACCAUGAGUAUCGAGUCGACCCUUCGUUCAAGCCGUGGGGCCCCUUCAUCUCCAAAUCCUAUGUAGUUGAGCCCAUCAGGAAGUCCGACAUCAUCGUCGCUUCGAUCGUAUGGGCCUUGACCUUGGUUAAUGGAGGUAUCGCUGUCUACCUGGGAUGGGGACAAACAAAGGGUUCGCGUUCCCCGCUGAGGAGUGUGUAUGUCUGGAUGAUAUGGCUUGAGCUUGUCACGUCUCUUGUUAUGGGCCUGGAGAGUUUCCUGCAUCUUUUGAAAGUUAUCAAGCCGAGUUUUGCAUUUUAUUUUACAAUCCUCUUCUUUUGGUGUAUUCAAGUUCAGCUGCUCUUGCAAAUCAUUAUCAACCGUAUCCGCAUCAUCGUACCCGACCGCAGACGCUCAAGAAUGAUCAUGAUUGCGACAGCUGCCUUUGUCACGGCCAUCAAUAUCAGCGUUUUCAACAUCUGGAUACCAGCGCGCUUGCAAAUCAGUCAUAGGUAUCAUAUCAUCAAUGAGUACUGGGACCGCAGUGAAAAAGCCCUCUACUUAAUCGUGGAUGCUAUACUCAAUUGGUACUUCCUCAAAACUGUCAAAGCGAACCUCAUCAACAACGGCCUCACCAAAUACAACAAGCUGGUCCGCUUCAAUCAACGCAUGGUUGGCAUUUCACUACUCAUGGACGUCAUGAUCAUUGCAGCAAUGUGGAUUCCAAAUUCAUUUGUGUACAUUCAAUUCCAUCCUCUCGCCUACCUUGUGAAGCUCAACAUCGAGAUGGUCAUGGGCAACCUCAUCAAACGCAUCGCCAUCUCCGCUUCUCGCCGCCCAGGCAAAGCAGCGCUCGCAGACGAAUUCAAAUCCUCGUCCAACAUGUCGACCUCGGGCAAAAAGUCCAAAGCUACGGGGCUCAAGUCACAUCGACAUUCUUCCAUUCACGAGCUCGCAAGUGUUGUAUCGUACAAAGCGGAUUCCCAUGCUACCGACCGCGUUGCUAGUUUCUCGCCGAUGCACAACCAAAUCAAAGAGACCCGAGAAGUCAUUGUCAGUACCGAGCGGAAUCCCUUUUUCGAGGAGAAGAGACGGGGUUCCGAGGUGGAGAUUACGGGUGCAUAUACAGCAGCAAGGAAGGAGAAAGAGCAGGGCGUUCUGAUCGACGAGACGUUGGUGGAGAGGAGCAAAAGCUUGGAGAGUGUCAUGGAGGGCGACGAGAGUGUGAGGAGUGCACAGAUGACCUUGAGAACCCCUGGGGAUAGUGACGACGAGGCAGCGCUUGUGGGGCAUCGCGUGUGGAGAAAGAAGUCGCCAGAAUGAUUGGCAGGCCGUGUCAGUCAUUUCGCGCAAUUAUUCAAGCGUAAUAUCAUACACACAUGUUUUAUUUCAGA